GUAGAGAAAAAAAAAGUGAAAAAAAAAACACGCAGCGGUUUCGAAUGGCCACGGCCGUCCUCCGCCGCCCACUCCUCGCUGCACUUCUCCCCGCGGCCGCCGCCGCCUCCUCCUCCCGUCCCUCCCGCUUCCGUCUCCGGCGAUGUAGAUAUCCACCUACUGUACUCGCCGUCUCCUCCGACUCGCCAAAGCCGGUCACCUCCUCUUCCACCGGCGGCGACAACCCCGACGAGGAGCCUAUCCUUCCCCUCCUGCAAGAGCUCGCUGAUUGCUUGGUUCUCCCGCCCAAAUUCCUGUCCCAGCUUCCCCGCGACCUUCGCCUCGACCUCAAUGAUGCCGCAUUUGAUCUCUCCAAUGGGCCUGUUCUUGAUGAGUGUGGCCAAGAAGUAGGUGAUCUGCUGCUGAACCUUGCAAAGGCCUGGGAGAUGGCUGACACAUCGACAUCAAAUAGCCUUGUGAAGCAAAUUCCUUCAAUGGAACCCUACUUGACCGGCAGCGCCAAAUCAGCAUUUGGCAAGCGGCUGGUAUCAGCUGGAAGGAGGUUUCAGGCCAUGGGACAGUACGGCAAGGGAGAGCUCAAGAAGAUUGCUGAAACAAUGAGCAAAACUGGUAAGCUGCUGUCAAAACGUCCGGUAGUUCAAUCUGAAGUAGAGGCUAUGAAAGUAAAAAGGAAACUGAAGUUUUUAGAACUUGAGUUUGAGUUGACAGCAGAAAAGGCAAAUAUUGGAGCUGCAGUUGGACUUGUUUUCGGGCUUCUCUCAUGGCAACUAGCCCGUGGUGUACAAAACAUUCCAGACGGCACGAUGCAGUAUGCAAACGACAACGCGAUGCAGAUGGCCAAGUCACUCAAGGUCUCUCUGCUUGUUCUUGGCUACACGUCGGCUGCCCUCUCCGUGUUCGCGGCAUUGGGGCUGCUGUUACUAGCCCAGCAGAUCAACUCUGACGACAAACCGGAGUAGCUGCCUGACAGUUGCCUGAAACCGUGGAUGUCAUGCCAUUGUAUCUGCUCUAAAUUAGGCCACCAGGCCAUGUUCGCAGCCUUCUGUUUGUAUAAAUGUAUGUAUUAAUCAUGGAGUGUUUCUGUACAAGAAUUCCAAGUGUACAGUGUUUCUCAGUGAUUUCUGAAGCUCUUGAAAUGAAAUGUUGAACAACUCGGGACUGACUAGUUACAGUUAAAACCCCGCAGGGCAUGUGAUUUAGUAUUCAUUUGACCUGGCAUUUAAA